AUGGCCCAUACUGCCGUUGCCAACACUCGAUCCAGACCUGUUACCAUUACCGUUGUUGCACACCACGACGAGAAGUACGCCGCCGACAACAUGACACGAUCAGCUUCUGCAGAGCCUACGAAGCCCACCAAGCGCAAGGGCACCAGAAGCGUCUCAACCCUGACGCCCUCCCAGCUUGCGCGUAAGCGUGCCAAUGACAGAGAAGCACAGCGCGCCAUCAGAGCUAGAACGAAAGAGCACAUUGAGCGUCUUGAGCGCGAGCUUGAGGAGCUCAAGAGCGAGCGCGGCCGCGAUCAGAGCCAGACCGUCCAGGAGCUUUUGCGCAAGAACAAGGCACUUGAAGAGGAAUUGUUCAAGCUCAGAGAGAGCAUGGGCGUUCCCAACGGGCAGUCCUACCCAAACUCAGGUACGGCUGCUUCCAUUGCCUCGUCUUCUGCCUGGCUGCCUCUGGUUCGUGCUGACUCGGCUCCAGUGUACGACGACAAUCUGAGCUCUAUUAGCGGCGCAGUCCCCAGUCCUCGAUCCUCGCCAUUUCCAUCAAACGGUGACUACAACGUCAUGCAAGAACUCGGUCCCUCUUACGUGCCCAUGCCGGAUGCGUCAGAGUCAUGGGGCCCAGGCAUUCCCGUCUCCGUUCCUUCGACCGUUUCAAGCCCGUCAUCAUCCGCCAACACCGAUGAGUACGGCGCAGGCUACAUCCCCACGAGCGUCCCCGCGCCGAUGAUGGAUGCCCGAAGCAUUCCGGCAAAGAUGAGUGAAUAUGAUGAUGUCGACUCUGCUUCUAGACGCUGGAUACCCUCACAGUCACCACUCAAUGCCUCAUCAGUCGCAGGUUCCCAUCUCUCAUCAUCAUCAGCCGUAUCUUCAUCACCAGCAGUCGUGGAAUUCGUAUCCAACUCCGGUGUACUACCAACAACCGUCAGCUCAUUGAUUCGCCAGCCUGGCACCACCCUUUGGGAGAUUCCGACCCUCAUCGUCCCGCCGACUUGUCGAAUCGACCAGUUGAUUGUCGGCUUCAUACAGGACUGCCGCCGACUGUCACAACUGAAGUCUCUCGACAACCUCCUCCGACCUGCUAGGGUCAAUGUGAAGAAUUUCCUCGAGUAUCAUCCGGCUUCGCCUACAACAGAACCUCCACGAUGCCAGCUAGCCGACCUUGAUCGAGCUGCUUCCACAACAGUCACGGGUCCCGGCGUCAAGCACCCCAUGGCUGAGCUCAUCACCGCUCUCGUCAACAAGGCAGGUGUCACCAACGUCAUUGAACGCUUAGCGGUCUUCGCCGUCAUCCAACGAGCCAUCGCCUGGCUGGUGCACCCAACGCGUGAGGCCUACCAGGCCAUUGUGCCUGAACUCACACCGAAACCGUGCCAGACUAGAAUCCCGCAUCCUCAGUGGGUUGAUCUCAUCCUGUGGGCACCUCUGCGCAUUGCCAUUAUCGAACGCCAGGAGUUGUACGCGAACGAAGAAUUUCAAGGCGUAUACUCGUCUAGCUUGAGACUGAUCAAUUGGCCAUGCCGGCCAAUUGACGCCUUGGUGGUCGACCCGCAAUCUGGAGAGAUGUGGCUUAGCGACACGUUUACUACACACGCAAUGCGCCUCGAAAACUGGCGCCUCAAUGAGAACUUUGUUCGCCGUUACCCCGAACUUCGUGGCUGUGUUGCAGUCGAAGGUUCCUGA